CUUUAUGAACAAAAAAACAAGGUGAUGUCUAUAUAAUUGGAACACACUUCAAUUCAAUUCUAAACUCAAAAUAUAUACAAUACUCACUCAUUUUCUAAACCAUGGUUUUGCAAGAAAACAUUAACGUUCCUCACUUUGCAUUAUUUCCCUUCAUAGCACAAGGACACAUAAUUCCAAUGAUAGACAUAGCUAAACUGUUAGCACAACAUGGUGCCAUUGUUACCAUUUUCACUACACCUAAAAAUGCAUCACGUUUUUCUUCUGUUCUUUCUCGUGCUGUUUCUUCUGGUCUUCAAAUCAAUCUUCUAACACUCAAUUUUCCAUCCAAACAAGCUGGAUUACCGGAAGGUUGCGAGAAUUUCGACAUGGUUGAUAUUUCAAAUGACAUGUGGAACAAUUUCUUCUACGCAGUUUCUUUGCUCCAAAAACAAGCACAGGAACUGUUUGAUAAAUUGUCACCAAGACCGAGUUGCAUUAUCUCUGAUUUUUGCAUUCCUUGGACUUCUCAAAUAGCUGAAAAACAUCAAAUUCCAAGGAUUUCAUUCCAUGGUUUCUCUUGUUUCACUAUCCAUUGUUCAUUCAAGGUUCGUUCUUCAAAAAUUCUUGAAAGUGUAAAUUCUGAUACAGAGUAUUUCUCUAUUCCUGGCCUACCUGACAAAAUUCAAGUCACCAAAGGGCAAAUGCCAGGAGUAAUAAUAGAGAAACUACCCAAGGAGUUUGUUGAGAAAUUACGGGAAGCUGAAAUGAAAUCAUAUGGUGAAAUCAUAAACACUUUUGAAGAAUUAGAGAAAGAGUAUGUUAAUGAUUACAAAAAAGUGAGAAAUGAUAAGGUUUGGUGUGUUGGUCCUGUUUCACUCUGCAACAAAGAUGGUUUGGAUAAGGCUGAAAGAGGUAACAUAGCUUCAAUAAGUGAACAUAAUUGUUUAAAGUUUCUAGAUUUGCAUAAACCAAAAUCUGUUGUUUAUGUUUGUCUUGGAAGUUUAUGCAACUUAGUUUCUUCCCAACUUAUUGAAUUGGCUUUGGGAUUGGAAGAAACAAAAAUACCAUUUAUUUGGGCUUUUAGGGAUGGAAUUAAUAAAACUCAAGAGUUGGAAAAGUGGAUUAAGGAUGGAAAGUUUGAGGAAAGGAACCAAGGGAGAGGACUCUUAAUUAGAGGGUGGGCCCCACAAGUUAUGAUAUUAUCUCAUCCUUCAAUUGGUGGAUUCUUAACCCAUUGUGGUUGGAAUUCAACACUAGAAGGGAUAAGUGUUGGUGUUCCAAUGGUAACAUGGCCAUUAUUUGGUGACCAAUUUUUGAAUGAGAAGCUUGUUACUCAGCUUUUGAGAAUUGGAGUGAGUCUUGGUGCUACGGUUGCAAUGAAUUGGGGUGAAGAAGAGAAGUUAGGUGUGAUUGUGAAGAAGGAAGGUAUAAAGGAGGCAAUAUGUAAUGUGAUGGAUGAGGGAGAUCAAGAGAGCAAAGAGAGAAGAGAAAGAGCUAGUGAGUUAAGUGAGAUUGCUAAGAAAACUGUUGAAAAAGGUGGAUCUUCUUAUCUUAAUAUUACUUUGCUUAUUCAAGAUAUCAUACAACUACAAUCAAACACCAAAGUUGAAACAUGAAGAGUCAUCUAGUUUAUAAUAACGUUUGUCCUUUUGAUGUUAUCAUUUGUUUUCAAUUUCUCUAAUUGCAUAUUACAACGUCCUAACCAUGAAGCUAUAUAUGUUGAAAAAUGAAAAUUGUCUAAUAAUAACUAGCUGAUAACUUCGUUGAACGAAAAUUGUCUAAUAAUAACAAUAGAAUUGAAGGUUGAAGCAUACAUUGGAGCUUAAAAACAAAGGGUUUUCAUCAUUCCAAGACCAAUUCCUUAUCGUAAUUUUGUGUACUUUUUCUUUAUAUCUUUUUAUGAAGUAGCUAAUUUACUUUUGUUUAGUUUUUAGGAGAUGAACCUAUGUUUGAUCUGUUGAGAUA